AUGUAUGCUAGGGAGAAAGUCAGGGUUACCGUUCGUUCGAGAUACUCGGCCUUCGCCGCCAGUAUCGCAUGUCUGGUGGUUCCAAAGGUGACUGGAAUCAUCCCCGGAUCGAAGAUUGAUGUUUCCUCCUGGUCGAUCCCAGUGGGAAUCCAACUUGCGGAUCCAGAGUUCAAUGUCCCCGAGAGAAUUGAUAUGUUGAUUGGUGCCUCCAUGUUUUUCAGCCUGCUUAAGUCAGGACAGCUGCACCUGGCAGACGGUCUGCCAGAGUUGCGCGAAACUCAUUUCGGCUGGGUAUUUUCCGGCGAAAUCGAGAAUUCUGUGAACCAUUCACACAUCGCGAACAACGCUUCGUUGGAUGUGCUGAAUCAAACGAUUUCCAAGUUUUGGGAGGUCGAGGAUCUUGCCGAUCCAACGCCCCCACCCUCUGAUGUUGAUGAAUGUGAGAAAUUGUUCGUGGAAACGCAUCGUCGUUUGCCGUCAGGUCGAUUUGUUGUUAGAUUACCGUUUCGUGAAGAUGUUUCAGGGUUGCCAGACAACCGUUCGCUCGCUCUUCGUCGGUUUCUGCUGUUGGAGCGCCGUCUCAACAGAGAACCAAGUCUGAAGCAGCAGUAUGCUAUGUUCAUUGAUGAGUAUGAAACCCUUGGUCAUUGUCGUGAGGUUGAUGAGUCCAAGGAUGUAGACCAGCAUCGGUACUACAUGCCCCACCACGCCGUCCUGAGGCCGACGAGCUCGACCACGAAACUGCGAGUAGUGUUCGACGCGUCGGCCAAGCAAGGUUCUACGGCGAAGUCGCUCAACGAGGUUCUCCACGUUGGAAAGCCGGUCCAAAAAACCAAUCUCGCCGACAUCAGGUUGUACUUUUUGGAAAGCUUCUUCAGCAACAACAGUAGCAGCUUAACCUUCGAUCGACACUUUCCGGUAGUCUUUGCCUUUGUGGAACUGGAAACCGCCCUCCUCUACAAGAUGGGUUCCAGUUCCGUUACGUCCGUGAUUGAAAACGAUUGCUUCCUGCUACUCCCCCUCCCCCACCAUCUUCACCACCAUCCCCAAUUUCGAACCAAGACGAAUGUGAGCGAUUAA